AAAAUCUAAUGAGAAAUGGAAACAAAGACAAGUUUAGGAAACUAUUAUUCCAACAACUUAAAUGAAAUCACAAAAUGCUGUGAAAAAUUAAUUACGGAAACUCAGUGUGACAUAGAAAUUUUUCGGAAUGAACAGCAGCAGCUUCAAAAACAAAUUCGGGAGAUUGUAGCUGAAAAUAAUCGGAUAAAUACACACCUAGAAGUGUUAAAAAGUGCUACGAGUACUAUUGCUCCAUCAGCCUUAAAAACAAGUGGCGAGUCGAGAGAUGAUGCUACUAGAGAAAAGUUAACCAAUGAAGCAUUUCAAAAUGUUAAAAAACAAAUUGAUUAUUUGCAAGCGGAAAACAACGACUUACGAUCUCUGAAUAAAACAUUUCAGAAGACUAUAAAUAAUCUUGAAAAAGAAAUUCAAAACUACCGUAAUCAACUUUUUAAUACAACUUCAGUUUGUGAAGUAAAACAUAAAUUUGCCACUGCCAUUAAAUUACUAGAGAGCACUAUAAUUAGUCAAAAAACUGAGUUAAAAGAACAGUCACAAACUAUAGAAAAUUUGUUUGAGCAGAAAAAACUUCUAAGAGAUCGUAUUGAAAAAGUAGAGAAAUCCCUCGAAGAUAAAACAAAAGAACUUGAAAAAUUGGCCGGUUCCAAGGAAUCUAUUGAUAAACUUCAGGAACAACUUGAUGAAACCGAACGGCAUAACAAAGAAUUGCAAAAGUCUUUGAAAAUCUCGCGACAAUCUAUAGAAGAGAGACUUAAACGAGAACAGAGUGCUUUACAAAAGGUACAAGAGGCUUUAAACAUAGCCGAAGCAGCAGUAGCCGAUAAAGAAGAAGCUUUAAAAAGAGAAAGAGUUGUAAAGGAAGAAUGUGACAACAUAGCAUCUACAAUAGGACAGGUAAUGGAUGAGGCUGCACGUAAAGUGGAAAAAGAUAUGGAGGCAAUAAAGAAUAAAUAUAUCGACAAAGAAAGGCUCUUAAAUGAGGAAAAAUCUAAACUUAAUGGUGAAAUACAAAAUCAAAAAAAAUUUAUACAAAUAUUGGAUACGAGAUGUAAUCGUUUUCAACAAAAAUAUAAAGAUGCCAUUAAGGAAAAUGCUAAUUUAUCAGAUCAAUUGGAACAAACUGCUAAAACUUUGUAUGAAAUGGAGGAAAAGAUAAAGCAACUAGAAUUUCAAAACCAACAAGCUAAUUUUCAAAAACGCUCAGCUGAUCAGGAAAGUGAGAUACAACAUUACGUUAAAACUAAUCGUGUUUUAAAGGAGAGGUACAAAACGUUUCUUAAUGAUUUAACUGAAAAUUUUGAAAAGAAAAUUUAUAAUUUGCAAGAUGAAGUGGCCCGCUUAAAAGCUGAAAACCAAGCAUUUAAAUUACAAAAAAAAUCAUAGCGAAAAAGUAAAUGAAAAAUGUGAGAAGUUCUUACACACAAAUUUUUAAUAUCUCAAUAAAAUCUGUAAAUCUUAAUUAUUAUUAUUACUU